GGUGUUCAUGUGCGCUUAAGCUGCGCGUCUUUUCACUCUUCACUCUCAUGUGCCCAACAACGUUGGCAACGAACGUGCCCAAUGGCUGUCAAUCGAUUUACUCGUUUUUGGCUGCUGGGAACCCUCGCCAGUCACUUCCAUGUGUCUCUGAUUUUAGCCGUAUUGCCUGCCAGUAUAAAUGGCUGGCGCAGAUGGCGACGUCGAGCAAGGGCUUCUUUCUGGACGUCGGAGGCACCAAGUAACACUCUGGGAGAAACUGUGGGCAAAGCGCCGUAUCAUCAUGAUUUCCGCGGUGCUCAUUAUGUUUGUUGGCUUUGCCUAUUCGGUCUUGGGGGGACCUACCAAGCCUAUAACGCCGAUUCUAGGCGUACCAAGGGAGAUUCAGCGGAAUUGGGCCCAGUACUCACCAUACUUUCCAGUAGAGGAUUAUCGUUCACCUCCUAAAGGCUGUGCGGUUACUCAGGUUAACAUUUUGCAAAGACAUGGGGCAAGAUUCCCCACUUCCGGUGCCGCGAAAAGGAUCGUUGUUGCACUUGAGAAGUUGCAGUCUGUAGAAGAGUUUACGGACCCACGUCUCAAUUUCUUGAAAACCUUCACGUAUGCGCUUGGAGAGGAUGAUUUAAUUGCAUUUGGCGUUGCACAGUCUUUUGACGCUGGGCGAGAAGCUUUCGAACGAUACUCUCAGCUUGUGAGCUUGGACAAUCUGCCAUUCGUACGCGCUUCCAGCAGCGAGCGAGUUGUGUUCUCGGCCAUGAACUGGACUCAAGGCUUUGCCACUGCCAGCCGAAACAAAUUCUCGCCUAAGUUAUCUGUAAUUUUAGAUGAGGCCGCGAACGAUACCCUAGAUGAUGCUAUGUGUCCGUCGUCUGGUUCCUCCGAUGAGCAGACCUCGGAAUGGCUUGCCACUUAUGCACCCCCAAUUACUGCACGUUUGAAUUCUGGUGCCCCGAACGCGAACCUCACGGAUGUUGAUACUUUCAACCUCAUCAGUCUCUGUCCGUUUGAGACGGUUUUCAACGAGAAGGAUAGUCCCUUCUGUCACUUAUUUGCAGCAGAGGAGAACGCGUUCUCUGGGUUCGAAUACAGUGGCGAUCUAGACAAGUAUUAUGGAACUGGAUACGGACAGGACCUUGGUCCCAUUCAAGGUGUCGGAUAUAUAAACGAACUCUUGGCCCGACUUACUGGUACUUCGGUCCGAGACAAUACCCAAACGAAUAGAACACUUGACUCAUCUCCGACGACAUUCCCUCUGAAUCGCACGAUCUACGCAGACUUCUCGCACGAUAACCAAAUGAUUGCCAUCUACGCCGCAAUGGGACUCUUCAGGCAAGAGAAUGCCCUCGAUCCUACCAGUCCUUCUCCACGACGAAACUGGCGUGCCUCGAGGCUGGUACCGUUUUCUGCACGGAUGGUAGUGGAGAGAUUGCAAUGUGGAAGCGAGACAAGUGUAAGGAUAUUAGUUAAUGACGCUUUGCAACCGCUUGAGUUCUGCGAUGGGAAGGACGGCGUUUGUAGCUUGGACGCGUUUGUGCAGAGCCAGACGUAUGCUAGGAAUGAUGGGGAGGGUGACUUUGAGAGAUGUUUCAUUUGAGUGCAUCAUGGAUAUCUGCAGGUUUCUUUCACUUUGAUACCAUUAUAUGAAUCUGGACUUUGGAGAAUGAUAUGAAUGAGCAAGUUGAAAAAAUGUAUUUUAUGUAUGUUAUACAAAUCCGUAGGGAUUGCAGAGAGUGUGAUCAAAUGACGCGUAACUACGACAUUUUCUCAUCUCGUAAUCUUUCUCGAAAAUGUACAUAGCACAGCUCAAAUGACACUUCGAAGUGGUGCACCGGGAACAUACGACAUAAGCACGCUUAGAAUUGCGGAGGUAGUCGAUGGUUUGAUCGGUGAGAUCGUUGGGAAGCGGUGGGUGGCUAGAUAUCUGAGACGCGUUAUAACGAUUUCUCGGGAACAAAUGGGUGAGGGCAAGAAAUUCAUGAGUGGAGG